AUGCCGGCCUUUGGCCCGCGGCAGAGGCCCAAAGUCUCUCAACACAGCCUGGAAGCCGUCCGGAGCCGUCCGCUCUGGCGGGACCCAUGGGCCGGAGUCACGCUGGCGGACAACUAUCGCGUCGGGGGGUACGGCGUGGACUAUGCUGCCCACGCCUCGCACGGCGGUGGCCUCGGUCAGCAGAUACAACAUGCGUACUCGUCGUCGCAGCCUGGCCAGCAUCAGCAGCAUCACGCAAGCCCGUAUCACCAGCAGCCGCACCAUCACCACCAUCCCCAGCAGCAGACGCAGCAUCAAACCCACCAGCAGCAGCAACUUCCCUAUCCAGCACAGCAGCAGCAGCAGCAGCAACAGCAACAACAGCAGCGACAACAUCGAGGCUCUAUCCACCACCCAGGGGUUGCCGCCACCGGACCGAACACGCCGCCGGGGGCGUCAGCCCAUGGCCAUCUCCCGACCCGUUCGGUCGUGCCCAUGGGCCAGAAGCAAGCUGAGGGACAAGUAGCGAUGGACCCGAGCCACCAUAUGCACGGGCACCGGCUCUCGCACGUCCACUUCGGGGCGGCGAGUUCGGUGUCGACGCCCCUAUACGGUGCGGUGUCGUCUCCCACGCAGUCCCCGUACGCCCCGUAUAGCGCACCGGCGGCCAAGAGGUCUCGGACCGACGAAUUCGACCUUUCUGUUGCGGGGGUAUCCAUGGUGGACCAGUCCGGGCUGGACAGCGUGCAAGCCAGUUCGUUGAGCGAGGCGUACGGGCAGGCGGCCGCUGCCGCCGCGGCAGCGGCGGCAAGCCAUCAAGAACAGCCUCAGCUGCACCAUCAUCAUCACCUUCCAGACCUCGGGCCUUCGUCAAAAUCGAUGCGGAGAGAGGAUAUAGGCGGCGCGCCGAGCAUGGUCGGCCAGGCCGGGAUGCCGCCGCCGGCACCGAGACCUAGAGGCCCGAAGCUCAAGUUCACGGCCGAGGACGACCAGCUGCUGCUGGAGCUCAAGGAGCAGAAAAACCUGACGUGGAAGCAGAUUGCAGAUUUCUUCCCGGGGCGGUCCUCUGGGACGCUACAGGUGCGGUACUGCACGAAGCUCAAGGCAAAAACGACGAUGUGGACGGAGGAAAUGGACCAGAAACUUCGCAAGGCGCUCCAGGACUACGAGAAUGAAAAAUGGCGAAUAGUCGCGCACAAGGUCGGCUCCGGAUUCACGCCGGCGGCGUGCCGGGAGCGGUCCGAGCAGCUCGCGACCGGUGGAGACGAGCAAGAGGCCGAGGAGCCGCUGUGGCAGUCGUUGUCGCCCAAGGCGUCGUCGCUGCCAGAGUCUAUGGAGAUGCCGCAGACCCAGCGGCCAUGGUGA